GCCAUGCUGGCCAGCCGCCCGGCGCAGUUCACGUUGCUGGCCAUUGGCGGCUCGGACUUUACGCCCGAGCUGGUCACGGCACUGCAGACCCAGCGGCGCCUGCGUAGGCUGCGGAUCGAGCACGCGUGGAUCGAGUCGCUGGCCGUGGCUGCCGCCCGGGGCGUGUGUCUGGAGUCGGUGACCUCGCUGCAUCUGGAGCACAUAAUCGUCAGCCGCCCCGACUCGGCGCUGCCCGUAUCCCCGCGCAUGUUCCCGAACCUGGAGCGCCUAACGGUCCGCCAUGUGUGGCAGCACGUGGAUGCACUGACACCCGGCAGCUCGCGCGGCGCCGUAUCCCUGCAGAACGAGCACUGGCUGCAGACCGUCUGGGACGGCUACUGGCCCGCAUUGCAGGAGCUCGCGCUGCCGGCCAUCAGCGACCUGGACGCGGCAAAGCUGCCCGAGGCCUGCCCACUGCUGACCCGCCUGACCACCAACAGCCUGGACUACGCCGGCCCGCGCCUGUCGGCCCACGGGCUGGUGUCGGUAUUGCGCGGCCUGCGGCAUCUGCACUACCUGUCGGUUGAGCAGCGCAGCAGCGAGGGCUCGCCCGGCUAUGAGAUCCACGACUCGCAGCUCUGCCGGCUGAUAGGCACAAGGGACGUGCUGAGCUCGCGGCGGUGGAGCGGCGCGACUGUGCGCGGCGGACUGUAUGGCCGGCUGCCGUCGCCUGCGCUGUCGGCUGUCAGCACAGGCUCCGACACAGACGUGGAGUGCGACGACUUUGAGCUGCCCGAGCCCCACUGCCUGUCGGCGUCGCUCAACACGCUGAUUCUCCCGCGCGCCUCAUUCACUGCGUCAACCCUGGACACGCUGGUGCGCCAGCUGCCGGGGCUGGUCCGGGUGUCGGCGUCCCUGCGCAGCGAGGCAUUCUUUGGCUUUGCCAAGUCUGCGCAGCACAAGGCCACCGCACAGAACAACGUCAAGUGGAUCGGACUGUCUGCCGACGAGGAUGUGCUCACCGAUGCUGUGGAGCUGUCGGCGUGGAUCAAGCAAAAGUUCCCGGGCCUGCAGGAAUGCAGCACAAACUACGCGCGCUCCCACCGCACUGUCAUCAACGACCUCAAGGCCGCGCUGCCGCAUGUCGCCUUCACCCGCCUGAACUCGCGUGCCCUGCAGGCCACCUGCAAUUAGAACUCUUAUUUUAGCAAACCUGUACAAAACUCUGAAAUUUCGCUAGC